AUGGGAUGUCAACAAUCUCAAGUUGCACCGACAAUUCAUCCUGUGUUUCACUCUAGAGAAGAUUCAGAUAUAUAUUGGUUGAAUCUUGCCUUCCGUGACAAAAGUGAACAAACUAUUAUAAGACCUCAUGAACUUGAAUCUUACUUGCGUGAUCCUCCUCCUCAAGAUGUUGAUAGAAAAUUACGAAAUCGUAUUCUAGGUUCUCUGAUCGGUUUAGCUUUGGGUGAUGCUCUUGGUGCUCAUGUUGAAUUUAGACCUCAUCAAUAUAUGGUUGAACAUCCAGUUACGGAUCUUGAAGGAGGAGGUACAUGGGGUCUUCAAAAAGGACAGUUCACUGAUGACACUUCUAUGGCACUUUGUUUGGCUAUUUCAUUAAUCAUUAAUUGUGAUUUUAAUCUAUACGAUCAAUUAGUUCGUUACAAAUGGUGGUACAAACAUGGAUAUAUGUCAUCAACAGGACAAUGUUUUGAUAUUGGAUCAUCAACUAGACAAGCUAUAAAUGAAUUUGAACGUCGACAACAUCAGUUUGCUCAGAAAAAUGAAAUCCGUUUAGAAGAUUUAGAUUUAAAUACUGGAGAACAAAUUUUUCAAAAUUUUGAUGUAUAUUGUGGAAAAAAUGAUGCAGCUGGUAAUGGAGCUCUUAUGCGUCUUGCACCAGUACCACUUUUCUUUCAUCGAGAUGCAAAAACAGCUGUGAAAUAUUCAGGUCUUAGUGCUAAAACAACUCAUGGCGAUCAAAAAGUCUACGAUGCAUGUCGGUUUUAUGGUGCUUUGAUCGUAGCUGCUAUUCGAGGUGAAUCAAAAGAGAAUUUAUUACAUCGUGAUUUCUACGAAAAACAUCAAGACUGGUUUGGUACUACACCACUUCAUGAUGAUGUUAAAGAAAUUAUUGCGGGAUCUUAUAAGAAAGAAAAUGGUUAUGCCGAUGGAAUUAAAGGCAAAGGUUAUGUUAUUGAUAGUUUAAAAGCUGCUUUGUGGGCUUUCUGGUCAGAUGGCGAUUCAUUUGAGAAUGGUGUUUUAGCUGCUGUUAAUCUUGGUGAUGAUGCUGAUACAACAGCGGCUAUAUACGGACAAUUAGCUGGUGCUUAUUAUGGUUACAAAGGAAUACGUUCUGACUGGACCAAACAAAUCUAUGCGGAGAAAUUUAUUCAAUGUUUGAGUAAAUGGAUUGUUUAUCAGGGUGAAAUGUGGUUACAACAGAAACCAUCAACUGUAAUCCCUCCUAAACAGAAAUUUUAG